GAGGGGGUAGGGGGGGUGUCCCUGGGCUCAUGGAGCUGGCCGAACGGGCGAGAGUCGGAGAGCCCCCGGAGCCGGGCGGGCGUCCCGAGCCGGGCCCGCGGGGCUUCGUCCCGCAGAAGGAGAUCGUCUACAACAAGCUGCUGCCCUACGCCGAGCGGCUAGACGCCGAGUCCGACUUGCAGCUGGCCCAGAUCAAAUGCAACCUGGGCCGGGCGGUGCAGCUCCAAGAGCUGUGGCCCGGGGGCCUCUUCUGGACCAGGAAACUCUCCACAUACAUUCGACUUUAUGGGAGAAAAUUUAGCAAAGAAGAUCAUGUUCUUUUUAUAAAGUUAUUGUAUGAGCUGGUAUCAAUUCCAAAACUGGAAAUCAGCAUGAUGCAGGGAUUUGCCCGCCUUUUGAUCAACUUGUUAAAGAAAAAGGAACUUCUUUCAAGAGAUGAUUUGGAGUUACCCUGGAGACCACUUUAUGACAUGGUAGAAAGAAUAUUAUAUUCCAAGACAGAGCACCUAGGAUUAAAUUGGUUUCCUAAUUCUGUAGAAAAUAUUCUCAAAACACUCGUGAAAAGCUGCCGACCAUAUUUUCCGGCAGAUGCCACAGCUGAGAUGCUAGAAGAAUGGAGACCUUUAAUGUGCCCUUUUGAUGUAACCAUGCAAAAGGCCAUCACUUACUUUGAAAUAUUUCUUCCUACCUCCCUUCCUCCAGAACUUCAUCAUAAAGGUUUUAAACUUUGGUUUGAUGAAUUAAUUGGCCUUUGGGUUUCGGUGCAAAAUCUCCCACAGUGGGAGGGGCAACUAGUCAAUCUCUUUGCUCGAUUGGCUACAGAUAAUAUAGGGUACAUAGAUUGGGAUCCAUAUGUACCAAAGAUAUUUACAAGAAUUCUGAGAAGCUUGAACCUCCCAGUGGGAAGCAGUCAAGUGUUAGUCCCAAGAUUUUUAACAAAUGCUUAUGAUAUUGGACAUGCUGUAAUAUGGAUCACCGCCAUGAUGGGUGGACCAAGUAAGCUAGUGCAAAAACACUUAGCUGGUUUGUUUAACAGCAUCACAUCUUUUUACCAUCCUUCAAAUAAUGGGCGCUGGCUGAACAAGUUAAUGAAACUACUUCAGCGGCUGCCAAACAGUGUUGUUAGAAGAUUGCAUCGUGAAAGAUACAAGAAGCCCUCUUGGUUAACUCCUGUGCCUGAUAGCCAUAAGCUUACUGAUCAAGAUGUUACAGACUUUGUACAAUGCAUUAUUCAGCCUGUCCUCUUGGCUAUGUUUAGCAAAACUGGUAGUCUAGAAGCAGCCCAGGCUUUGCAGAAUCUUGCACUCAUGAGACCUGAAUUAGUAAUACCCCCUGUACUUGAAAGAACGUAUCCUGCAUUAGAGACAUUAACAGAACCUCACCAGCUCACAGCCACUUUAAGUUGUGUAAUUGGAGUAGCCCGCAGUUUGGUAUCAGGAGGCAGAUGGUUUCCUGAAGGUCCUACACAUAUGCUACCUCUGUUGAUGAGAGCAUUGCCUGGGGUGGAUCCAAAUGACUUUAGUAAAUGCAUGAUCACAUUCCAGUUCAUAGCAACAUUUUCUACUCUGGUGCCUUUAGUAGAUUGUUCAUCUGUACUACAAGAAAGAAAUGACCUCACAGAAGUGGAACGAGAACUUUGUUCAGCCACAGCUGAAUUUGAGGACUUCGUCUUACAAUUUAUGGACAGAUGCUUUGGACUUAUAGAAAGUAGCACAUUGGAGCAAACAAGAGAAGAGACAGAAACUGAGAAAAUGACACACUUGGAGAGUUUGGUCGAAUUAGGUCUGUCUUCUACGUUUAGUACAAUCCUCACCCAAUGUUCCAAAGAAAUAUUUAUGGUGGCCCUUCAGAAGGUUUUUAAUUUUUCUACUUCACAUAUAUUUGAAACAAGAGUAGCAGGUCGCAUGGUGGCAGACAUGUGCCGCGCUGCUGUAAAGUGCUGCCCAGAAGAAUCUUUGAAGCUCUUUGUUCCCCACUGCUGCAGUGUUAUAACUCAGCUUACAAUGAAUGAUGAUGUAUUAAAUGAUGAAGAGCUAGACAAGGAAUUACUAUGGAAUCUUCAACUUUUGUCUGAGAUUACUCGAGUGGAUGGAAGGAAGUUGCUUCUUUAUAGGGAGCAGCUUGUAAAGAUUCUCCAAAGAACCCUACAUUUAACCUGUAAGCAGGGUUACACUCUGUCUUGUAACCUUUUGCAUCAUCUUCUCCGUUCUACCACACUUAUCUACCCUACAGAAUACUGCAGUGUGCCAGGUGGCUUUGACAAGCCUCCUUCUGAAUACUUUCCUAUCAAGGACUGGGGCAAACCCGGGGACUUAUGGAAUCUGGGAAUCCAGUGGCAUGUACCUUCUUUAGAAGAAGUGUCUUUUGCCUUUUAUCUUUUGGACUCCUUUCUUCAGCCUGAGCUUAUCAAACUCCAGCAUUGUGGGGAUGGAAAACUUGAAAUGUCUAGAGAUGAUAUUCUACAGAGUCUGACUAUAGUGCACAACUGUUUAAUUGGCUCUGGAAACCUCCUACCUCCGUUGAAAGGAGAGCCAGUUACUAACUUAGUACCAAGUAUGGUGUCCUUGGAAGAGACAAAGUUGUAUACUGGACUUGAAUACGAUCUGUCUCGAGAGAACCACCGAGAAGCAAUUGCUGCAGUUAUAAGGAAACUUCUUAACCACAUACUUGAUAAUUCAGAAGAUGAUACCAAGUCAUUAUUUCUUAUUAUAAAGAUUAUUGGAGACCUUUUGCAAUUCCAAGGAUCUCACAAGCAUGAAUUUGACUCACGAUGGAAAAGCUUCAACUUAGUAAAGAAAUCAAUGGAAAAUCGGCUCCAUGGGAAAAAACAACAUAUCAGAGCACUGUUGAUUGAUAGAGUAAUGUUACAGCAUGAGCUACGGACACUAACUGUUGAGGGUUGUGAAUACAAAAAGAUACAUCAAGAUAUGAUCAGAGAUCUUCUUCGCUUAUCUACAAGUUCAUACAGUCAGGUGAGAAAUAAGGCUCAGCAAACAUUUUUUGCUGCCUUGGGAGCAUAUAACUUCUGUUGCAGAGAUAUCAUUCCCUUGGUUUUGGAGUUCUUAAGGCCUGAUAGACAAGAUGUUACACAGCAGCAAUUCAAGGGUGCCUUGUACUGUCUCCUUGGAAAUCACAGUGGUGUGUGCUUGGCAAACCUUCAUGAUUGGGACUGUAUUGUACAGACUUGGCCAGCGAUUGUUUCUUCAGGGCUUAGCCAAGCAAUGUCCCUGGAAAAGCCAUCAAUAGUGAGACUGUUUGAUGAUCUUGCAGAAAAGAUUCAUAGGCAGUAUGAAACAAUUGGCUUGGACUUCACAAUUCCAAAGUCAUGUGUUGAAAUAGCGGAAUUACUUCAACAGUCAAAAAACCCCUCUAUCAACCAGAUAUUGCUUAGCCCAGAAAAAAUUAAGGAAGGAAUUAAACGCCAACAAGAAAAGAAUGCUGAUGCCCUAAGGAACUAUGAAAAUUUGGUAGACACUUUGCUAGAUGGUGUGGAGCAAAGAAACCUGCCCUGGAAAUUUGAACAUAUAGGCAUUGGGCUUCUAUCUCUACUGCUGAGAGAUGACCGAGUGUUGCCUCUUCGUGCCAUACGGUUUUUUGUUGAGAAUCUCAACCAUGAUGCAAUUGUAGUUCGAAAGAUGGCUAUCUCAGCUGUUGCUGGUAUCCUUAAACAGCUAAAAAGAACCCACAAAAAGCUGACCAUUAACCCAUGUGAAAUCAGUGGAUAUCCUAAACCCACCCAAAUUAUUGCUGGUGAUAGACCUGAUAAUCAUUGGUUGCAUUAUGAUAGCAAAACUUUACCAAGAACUAAAAAAGAAUGGGAGUCAAGUUGCUUUGUGGAAAAAACUCACUGGGGAUACUACACCUGGCCGAAGAAUAUGGUUGUUUAUGCUGGUGUGGAAGAGCAGCCUAAGCUUGGCAGAAGCAGGGAGGAUAUGACAGAGGCAGAACAGAUUGUAUUUGAUCAUUUUUCUGAUCCUAAAUUUGUUGAACAGUUAAUUACUUUUCUAUCAUUAGAAGACAGAAAAGGAAAAGAUAAGUUUAAUCCACGACGUUUUUGUCUCUUUAAGGGUGUAUUCAGGAAUUUUGAUGAUGCCUUCCUGCCAGUUCUGAAGCCGCAUUUAGAACGUUUGGUUGCAGAUUCACAUGAAAGCACCCAGCGAUGUGUUGCAGAAAUUAUAGCUGGUUUAAUCAGAGGUUCUAAACAUUGGACAUUUGAAAAGGUGGAGAAGCUGUGGGAGCUUCUGUGCCCUCUGCUUAGAACAGCACUGUCCAACAUUACCGUAGAAACUUAUAAUGACUGGGGAGCUUGUAUAGCAACAUCUUGUGAAAGCAGAGAUCCCCGGAAACUUCAUUGGCUUUUUGAACUGCUGUUGGAAUCACCAUUGAGUGGUGAAGGAGGAUCCUUUGUAGAUGCAUGUCGACUUUAUGUACUACAAGGUGGCCUUGCCCAGCAAGAAUGGAGAGUGCCUGAACUAUUGCACAGACUACUGAAGUACUUGGAGCCUAAACUCACCCAGGUUUACAAAAAUGUCAGAGAAAGAAUAGGAAGCGUGCUGACCUACAUAUUCAUGAUUGAUGUUUCUUUGCCAAAUACCGCACCAACCACAUCGCCUCAUGUCCCUGAGUUCACUGCUCGAAUUCUGGAGAAAUUGAAACCUCUUAUGGAUGUGGAUGAAGAAAUUCAGAACCAUGUUAUGGAAGAAAAUGGAAUUGGUGAAGAAGAUGAACGAACUCAGGGCAUUAAACUCUUGAAAACCAUAUUGAAAUGGCUGAUGGCAAGUGCAGGAAGAUCCUUUUCUACAGCAGUCACAGAACAACUUCAGCUUCUACCUUUGUUUUUUAAGAUUGCCCCAGUGGAAAAUGACAAUAGUUACGAUGAACUGAAAAGAGAUGCAAAGUUAUGUUUAUCAUUAAUGUCUCAGGGGUUGCUUUACCCUCAUCAAGUGCCUUUGGUACUUCAGGUGCUAAAACAAGUUCGAGAAAUGGCUGCUACUACCUUAAGCGGUCUGCUACAGUGUAACUUCCUUACCAUGGACAGUCCUAUGCAGAUUCAUUUUGAGCAACUUUGCAAAACAAAACUACCUAAGAAAAGAAAGCGAGACCCUGGUUCUGUAGGAGAUACCAUUCCUUCUGCAGAGUUGGUCAAACGCCAUGCUGGGGUGUUAGGUCUUGGCGCAUGUGUUCUUUCUAGUCCUUAUGAUGUUCCCACCUGGAUGCCCCAGCUCCUCAUGAAUCUCAGUGCACAUCUAAAUGAUCCUCAGCCUAUUGAGAUGACUGUAAAAAAAACCUUAUCCAAUUUCCGAAGGACUCACCAUGACAACUGGCAGGAACACAAACAGCAAUUCACUGAUGACCAACUGCUUGUUCUCACCGAUCUUCUUGUGUCACCAUGCUAUUAUGCAUAGAAAUGUAAGUCGGCAAGGUUCUGAAUUUAAAGAUAUGACAUCCUCAGGCAAAUGUCAUUGGUUUGGUGACUGAAAAGUAGGUAUUUAUUGUUUUUUUUUUCUUUUUGCUGACAUUCUUAGAUGUCAGUGUUUCGAUAAAGUUGGAUGGUGGGGGUUGUUUGUUUUUAAACAUGGCUUUUGCCACAGCCAUUGGAAAUGAGAAUUUUUCUGUGCCACCUUGCUUUAGGUAUAAAGCAGAGAAAAUGUGUGACAGCUUUUGAACCUUUGUUAAUGAGUGGUGUCAGUAGCCUGGGAAUAGUUAGAUAAAGGAAAAUAAAUCUUAUUCUUAGUUGCCUCCUAGGUGGGACUGGGACAUUUUGUGUGGCCCUGAGGACUCUGGGUUCUGGAAGUUGUGAGAACAUUUCAUCUGGAUUCUUAUACCCAUUCUGUUAAAGAGGGAGCACCCAGAAGCCUUUCUACUGGAAUAGGAAGAAUAAAAAUUUCAUGUAUUGGGCUUUUAGAGUUGGAUGUCCUGUUACCUAAUUGAAAUUUUUUCCUCCCUGAUACAGAUGACUAGUCCUCACUUCAGGCUCUUUUCAUCAAAAAUUCCACACCCUCAGGUACCAUCUGUGGUGGCUCUCUGCAAGUUUUAAAACUGCCUCUGCUGAGCUCUCAUCAUUUUGGUGGUUUCUGUGUUAGAUCUCAUUAGUGUGCGUUCCACAGCUUCUCCGUUGCCAUUUGAUUUCCUAACUUGUCCGGAAGUGUUUCCAGAAUACUGAUCACUUUUUUUUUUUUUUUGAGGCAUCUGACAAAGUCACAAAGUCUCAGACUAGAAAUAAUUACCCAGUAUGAUCAUGGCAUCCAAGACCAGAGUCUCGGAACUCAUUAAGAAACAGAUGACUUGGAAUGGAGAAUGCCCAUCUGUCACACAGGUCCUGUCAUUUCAUUCUUCUCAAGUUAUUUUCAGUUCUUCCCAAAUGGCUGCUGAAUUUAGAUGGUAGUAGGGCUGUGGGCCAUAAAUCUGAAGCCUUGAGAACCUUGGGUCUGGAGAGCCAUGAAGAGGGAAGGAAAAGAGGGCAAGUCCUGAACCUAACCAAUGACCUGAUGGAUUGCUCGACCAAGACACAGAAGUGAAGUCUGUGUCUGUGCACUUCCCACAGACUGGAGUUUUUGGUGCUGAAUAGAGCCAGUUGCUAAAAAAUUGGGGGUUUGGUGAAGAAAUUUCUGAUUGUUGUGUGUAUUCAAUGUGUGAUUUUAAAAAUAAACAGCAACAACAAUAAAAACCCUGACUGGCUGGUUUUUCCCUGUAUUCUUUACAACUAUUUUUUGACCCUCUGAAAAUUGUUAUACUUCACCUAAAUGGAAGACUGCUGUGUUUGUGGAAAUUUUGUAAUUUUUUUCUUUAUUUUGUUCUCUCUCCCUUUUUAUUUUGCCUGCAGAAUCGUUGAGAGACUAAUGAGGCUUGAUAUUUAAUUGAUUUGUUUAAUAUAUGUUAUAUAAAUGUAAAAGAUUGUAUAAACUGUAGAGAUAGCAUUGGCAAGACUUUGUACAGAUGCAACCUUUUACACAACAUCAUUGUGUAAUUUGUAAAGAUUCACAUGUAGUUCUUUAUUAUAGUGAUUUUGGGCUUUUGUACCCACUGAAUGCCAUUUUUUGUGUUUUUAAAUUAUUUUCUUUAUCUUUCUUUGUUAUCAAAACUGAAAUGUGGGGUUUUUCUCUUUUUUUCAGUUCAUUUAUCAUUAGAAUGUCUGAACUUUUAUGUAACGUUUUUGUGUGCAUCUCUCAAUGCUAACACCACAUGUUUGCCUAUGACAAGUUUAUAGAGUGAAAGGUAUCUUCUAGAUUGAAAUAAUUCACAAAUUGGUGAAUAUCAUCUUGCAACACACCCUAUACAGUCUUCCUUAAAGGAACACUACAGUAUAUUUUUAGUAUCUACAUGCUGAAUGACUCAGUACAGACCUAAGCACAGCAGUGGUCCUGGUACAGUAUUUAAGUGUCAGCGUACACAGGCGUAAUCCCUGUAUAAAGUAGUGCCAAAUUGAUUUCAAUUGUGUAACUAGUUUAAAACCCAAUAAAUGGAUUGUUUUUAA